AUACUUCUAACAUGCAAAUACUCAUGACUGUUAGGCGCUGGAUAACGGUAAUAUAAACCCGAUCAAAUGAAUUACAGACUCUAAUUCUAACCAACCUCUCAGGCACCGGCAUCCCUCCUGAUCGGGGGCGGGGGCGAGGACGCAGAGUUCGUGGCCGAAGUUGAAACCCCGGGGAACCUUAUACGAGUACAUGAAGUGAGGAGAAGGAAGGACGGUAUUCGAGAACUCAAACGCCGCCUGGAAGACUCCAGGAUCGAGAAUUCAAACUUGGCAAGAGAGCUCCAGGGCUCACAGCAUGAAAAUUCCACCCUCGAUAACCACCACCGGGAGGCACUUGGCCAGCUCGAGAAAGUUCAGGCCAUGGAAAAAACCCAUCGUGUAAAGCUUGAAGAGGCUGUCGAAUACUGUAAUAAUCUCCAUGCCAAGCACGAGAACCUUGUUACCAAGUAUCGGGAAGUUGCAGCGACGAACAGGAACCAAAAGCAAGAGUUAACAUUCAUGAAGGAGACCAAUACCAAGAUCCGCACCGAAUUGGAGACACGAUCUGCCCAACUCAAUAAAUUUACAGCGGAAAUUGCGCGCCAAAGCCAGCGAGUCAAUACUUCGGCAAUCCGAGACGAUGAGUACUUUGCAAGAAAGUUCGCAGAUCUUGCAAAGGAUAUACGCAAUUGGUCGUUUACAUACUUUUUUCCCCGCUCACAGACUUUUGAUCCUACAGCAGUCACCAACGAUCUCCAGGACGCCAUUAGUGCGAUCACAGGCGGUGUUAGCUUACGUGAGGUUUUCAAGAACCGCGCCACAGGCCGCAGAGUUGUUGCUGGACUGCUUGCCGAUCAAUUGAAAAAGCGAGUCCUCGACCCUUUGCUGUUGGAUCUACUGCAUGAGGAGUUCCUCGGUUUCGAAAAUACGGUCGCAAAGACCGGUAAGUGAAUCGGCCCUUUUACACAAUCCCGACGUGCUGACUUGAAAAAAGGUACCGAAAAAAGCGCGUGGUUAUCGCAAACGCUAAGUUUAUUCGUCAAGAGCGAGCAUUUCGAAGAGAAGCUGAGUAAAAAAGUCGGCAUCUUAUCCAGAGAGCUCAAUGAAAAGCUAGGGGUAUUGGCGCAGGAGUCCAGCGAAUCCAAAGCUUCCAAACGCUGCCAAAAAUUAUUAGCCAUAGUCCAACGAGCUGCCAAUCUAGCAGUAGAAAUUUCACAACAACCCUACUGGUUCCUCUUCUUCGCCCCCCUGCCCGGAAGCAAGUUUAACCCGCGCUUGAUGGAAGAUGUUGAGACAGAAUUGUUUCUGGAGGAAGCCAAUCCGGGCGCCCGUGAGGCCGAUCGCACUGUCUCUAUUCCUGUUUUUCCCAGUGUCGCCCGUCAAGAGCAUGUUGAGGGAGGGCACAAACCUACCCACAUUGUUAUUAAUAAGGCUUGGGUAACUCUCGAGACGGUGGAUAGUCACACGGCUGUCGAGCAAAAGGAUGCCGAUAUGGCGAGCGAACAGGCAAAGGUGGAUGUGGAAUCCGGUGGGAGAUCUCCCAGCGGGUGUGACGGAGGUAGGGGAGAACUGGGAGCUCAAGGCGGAGAUGGGAGUGAGGUUCUUCAGCACUCGGACAUGCCGGCCACUGAAGUUGCACCCCCGGUAUUACCACCCCAAAAAUCGCCAGCGGUGGCGAGCCAACAGGAAUAUCUAGCAGUGGACGUAGACCUUGCUCGAAAAAAAAUGGAAAUGGUUUCUUUAACUUGAUUGUAUUGUCUCAAUGAUGUACAGUACUCUAUUAUCUUCAUCUCUUUUA